AUGGCAAAUAUUGAUGGAGUGAUGGAACGUGAAGUUUUGAAGAUGGAACGCAUAGGUGCACACUCCCAUAUCAGAGGUUUAGGGUUAGGGCCCGGUCUUGAAGCGGCACGAGUGGCAGACGGUAUGGUGGGACAGAUGGAAGCGCGUAAGGCCGCUGGCUUUUUUGUUGAGAUGAUAAAAAAGGGAAUGAUUUCCGGAAGAGCGGUGCUGUUAGCCGGUGAACCCGGAACGGGCAAAACUGCACUUGCAAUGGGUAUUUCUCGUGCGCUUGGCGCUGACACACCUUUUGUUUCCAUAUCAGCGUCAGAAGUUUUUUCAGUAGAUAUGAGUAAAACAGAAGCUCUUGAACAGUUCUUCCGAAGAGCCAUAGCAGUGCGUUUGAAGGAGGAGACCGAGGUUCUAGAGGGAGAGGUUGUUGCUAUUGAAUAUGAAAGGCCGGCUGCAGGAGGCCCUAAAGUUGGUCGUAUAACGAUGAAAACCACUGAUAUGGAGACAGUCUAUGACAUCGGAAAUAAAAUGGUGGAAUCGUGUAUAAAAGAAAAAAUCAGUAGUGGUGAUGUAAUCCAAAUAGACAAAGCGUCAGGCGUCAUUCGCAAGCUAGGACGAGCAUUCUCGAGAACUCAUGAUUACGAUGCCAUGGGGCCACAGGCAAAAUUUGUAGCUUGUCCUGACGGCGAAAUACAGAAACGGAAAGAAACUGUGCAUACGGUUACUUUACACGAAAUAGACGUAAUUAACAACCGAGCGACAGGGUUUACAGCUCUUUUUUCUGGUGACACAGGCGAGAUAAGAAAGGAAGUUAGAAACCAGAUCAAUAUUAAGGUUAAUGAAUGGCGGGAAGAAAAUAAAGCUGAUAUAGUUCCCGGAGUCCUUUUUAUUGAUGAGGCUCAUAUGCUUGAUUUAGAAUGUUUUUCUUUUCUUAACAGGAUGAUUGAAGCUAGUUUGGCACCACUCUUAAUUAUGGCCACUAAUAAAGGCUAUGAUUUUAUACGUGACACGGAAUUAAAGAGCCCUCACUGUAUACCCCUUGAUCUUCUAGACAGGUGUUUGAUUAUUCGUACUAAACCUUAUUCAAGCAGAGAUCUAGAAGACAUCCUGAGAAUUCGUGCCUGUGAGGAAUCGGUCAAAUUAGACCCUGAUGCUGUAACUAUUUUGGUUAAACUUGCAGAACAGACUACCCUUCGGUAUGCUAUGCAGUUGAUUUCUGCAGCAAACGUCAUUAGAGAGAGGCGGCGUGGCUUAGACGUGAACACCCCUGAUUUGAAGCGUGCGUACAAAUUGUUCAUUGAUAAAAGAAGAAGUGCCAAAUUUUUGGACGAAUAUGAGAAGUGGUUUGUUAACGAAUAA